AUGAAAGUCACUAUGGGAUUGAAAUUUGGCCGUAGAAGAGUGCUAUUGUACUCCACUGUCUUCUUGAUACUUUUAGGGUUAAUAUGGAUAGGACGGGAUGUUGGGUUAGAUGGUACUAAGGUUAUUGAUCAAAUCCAAGGGAUAUCUAGGUCGAGGCUACCUACAUCCAAUUUUGCUACUAACGAGACGUUGGUGAUAUUUCCCCGUGGAUUCGAAUUAAGAGCAUCGAGGGAUUUGAGAGACUAUUACAGAAAACAUAUGAAUCAUGAUAAAAACCGGGUGUUUAAUUCUGUGACGUAUAAUGGGCCACCUUCAGCCUUGACGGAGGCUGUGAAGCAGAUUGACUACCACCAGCAUGAUAUCUCCAUGUAUGAUACAACGAAGGAUAUUUCAAAUGAUUUUAAGAAAUGUGAGUCUGAAUUAAACACCAAGUUCAAGGUGGACGUCGGCAAGGCAAAAAAGCAUGAUGACUCGCUCGCAAGGUUUGUGAAGAAGUUCGUACAUCAAUUGGAAAACGAUGAUGCUAUGAAAGAACUCGCGAACUUUUUCAAGGAUGAUUUAAAAAAGCAGCUAGAGGAUGAUACGGUGGAUAAACACUGGUAUAAGUUUGCAGGUUCGUCAGUUUGGUUGCAGCAAUAUGGGGUACACUUCAUGAUUUCGAGAAUGUUGUACAGUCCCACUGGGAACAAGAGCAACCCUGUUAUGAGUUUGAUCUUUGCUCAAGUAUACAAUGAAAAAUGGGAAGAAUUCGAAGAUAUUGAGCUAGUUAUUCCUACUAUAGAUCCAAUAACCAACAAAAAAAUCUAUAAGAACCUAGCGUUCCCUAGUUUCUUGCCUAUCCCGUUUUAUCAUCAAUCGUCUUAUAUUAAUAAAAGAUGGUAUGGACCCGAAGAUGCACGUAUAUUACUUUUCAAAAACGAUGAUGGUUUAGAGGAACCUUUAAUUAUAUUUAAUGCCUACCAUCGUAAAGUAAACAAGCAAGAAAACAUUGAAGAAGCUGCAUCCAAAGUUUCACACGAAUUCUAUAGAUCUAUGUUCAUGGGAUGGCCGUUUAGGUUUCAACAUGGUAAAGAGAACGUUGACGGUAUUUCAAAUGCUGCUACUGACGACAAGAUAUAUAAUAAAGUCGUUGAGUUGAGGAGAGAAGGCACUAAGAGAUUAAAAGUGCAAAAAAAUUGGACACCUUUCGUUAGUGUAAAGGAUCGUAUCAAUGGUGGUUCUGAUGAAAGUAUCUAUUUUGUUUAUAGAUGGCAGAGCUUAGAAAUCUUGAAAUGCCAGUUGACUGGUUUUACUCAUGACUAUGCCAAGUGCAAAUUCGAGUACAAGCGAAAAGAAGAUUUACUGUCGGAUGAACCUGUUGGUGCCUUAAGAGGUGGUACAGAGAUGAUCAGUCUAAAUAAGAUAUUACCAUCUAUUAGUUCAAAACUUCACCCAAGCAAAGAAGUUUGGGUUGGCUUUGCAAGGGCCCAUCUCGUACGCUGUGGCUGUGGUAAGGAUAUGUAUCGCCCAAACUUGGCAAUAAUUACCAGAGAAGACAACCAAUUCAAAAUAUCUCAAUUGAGUUCAUUCUUCUCUUUAGAUAUGGACGUUACCGGAUGGAGAAACCCAGAGGUGCUAUGUCAUCCUAAAGAUCCAAAUGCAUUAAUUCCAAAUGGGAUCUCACAUUGGGAUGUUUCUACAAUCAAAUUAGGUAAGAAGUAUGUUACGGAGGACUUCGUUACAUUGUCAUUAUCAGUGGCUGAUGCGACUGUACAUACUAUUCAAAUUAAGAAUUUAUUACAGAAUAUUCUCUCUGAUACUUCCGUACUUUCUUACAAUCAAAAAUCAGGUUACACUGAUGAUGUUGUUGAAUGUUCUCUCAAAGCUUCCAACCAAUUUUGUGCAGCGUACGGCAAGGAACAAGUCAAACUUGGAAAGGUUCCUAUUUAG